UAUAUAUAUAUAUAUAUAUAUAUAUAUUAAUGGAAACAUCAUCACUUGCAGCUGUAGUUGGAGGCAUAGUAGGUGUUCUAACACUCACACUCCUAAUCACAUUGUCUCUAUGUUACUAUUUCUUCGUGUUCCGGUUCCGGAAUGUUCCGAACAAAGACUCCGAGACGGCGUCCUCAGAUCCAUCUGCAGCCGAGACUGCGAAAAGAGGAGGCGGCGGGCCCCACGAAGCGAAGCAAUUCAGAAUUGAGGAGCUUGAGCAAGCCACAAGGCACUUCAAUGAGAGCAAUCUGAUUGGAUGUGGUAUUUUCGGCCUCGUUUUCAAAGGAUUGCUAUCCGAUGGAACUGUCGUCGCCAUCAAAAGACGAAACGGCCCUCCUAGGCAAGAAUUCGUCGAAGAGGUGGCGAAUUUGUCGGAAAUUCGACACCGGAAUUUGGUUGCGCUGCUAGGGUACUGUCAAGAAAGAGGAUGUCAAAUGCUGGUUUUUGAAUACUUACCUAAUGGCAGCAUGUGUAGUCAUUUAUAUGACACCGGAAAAAGUUCGAUAACGAAGCUCGAAUUUAAGCAAAGGAUGUCUAUAGCAAUUGGAGCAGCUAAAGGUUUAAGUCAUUUGCACGGCUUACGACCUCCGUUAAUACACGGAAAUUUUAGGACAGCCAAUGUAUUAGUCGACGAGAAUUUCAUUGCGAAAGUUGCGGAUGCAGGUGUACUAAAACUACUCGAGAGAAUCGAAGAUGCAAGCUCAAGUAGUACUAGUUCAUUCAAUGCUUUCAAAGAUCCAGAGUUGGGACAACACGGAGUUUUGCACGAAACGAACGAUAUAUACAGCUUCGGAAUAUUCCUUUUGGAGCUCUUAUCCGGAAAGGAGGCUACGUAUCAAGAAGCCUUUCGAUCAAACGACACCACACUUCAAUGGGUGCAAGAAGAGAUAAGUUCGAAUAAUCUAGUGGACCAUCGAUUAUCGGGGAGUUUUACGGAAGAAGGGAUGAGGGAUUUUAUCAAGAUUAUGAUACCCUGUGUGAGUUUUCCGAGUGCCGAUAGGCCGAGAAUGGAGUACGUAGUAUCGGAGCUCGAUCAAAUACUCGACUGCGAG